UUUUUUUUUUUACCAGUCUAUCCCAGUAACCAUGUCAACAGCAUCUGCAGCAUGUGGGGAAACUUCCACUUCGAGACGUUUGAUGGGGACGUUUAUCAGUUCCCAGGCACGUGCGAGUAUAACCUGCUAUCGGACUGCGAAAGCCUCAGUCGCCAGUUCUCGGUUCAUGUGAGGAGAACAGAACAUGCCAAUGACCCAAAGAUCAGCAGCGUGUCGAUUGCCAUUGGUAUCAUCGUCAUUAAGUUGACCGAGAACCAGGUCGUGUUUGAUGGAGAAAAUAAAACGCUGCCCGUGCAUAUAGGAGGGAUCCUUGUGGAAGAGAACACAAUCUACACCAGGGUCAGUUCCAAAAUGGGCAUCACUGUCACGUGGAACAAAGAAGAUGCAGUCAUGGUGGAGUUGGACUCAAAAUAUUCAGAUCAAACCUGUGGAUUGUGUGGCAAUUUCAAUGGAGUUCCUGAUGAGUUCAUUGAAUCAGGAUACGAACGAAAGGUUGGCUUCGUUGAGUUUGGGAAUAUGCACAGAGUUUACAACCUAAAUGAUAAAUGCCAAAAUCCUUCUGAAGAAGAUGACGACAAAAACCAUUUAAACCAGUGUGACAAUUAUCGGGCAGGUUGUGCAGAUCUUUUGGAGAAUGAAGACUGGUUCUCCUGUAAUGAGAUUUUGAACCCUGAGCCGUAUAUCAGAACCUGUAUACUUGAUAUGUGCUUGUAUGAACCUGAAGACACCGACAACUCCUCGCUUUGUGCGACUUUGUCUGAAUAUUCACGUCAGUGUUCGCAUGCUGGGAGAAAUCCACCGAACUGGAGAACACCUGACUUCUGCGCUGUCACAUGCCCCUACAGUAUGGUACAUUCUGAAAGCGGCUCCCCCUGUAUGGACACAUGCUCACACAAAGUCGCACUGUGUGAGGAACACAACAUCGAUGGCUGCUUCUGCCCAAUAGGAAAGGUAUUUGAUGAUAUCACAAACAUGGGCUGCAUCCCUGUGGCGCAAUGUCGGUGCUGGCACAACGGCAAGAUUUACACGCCAGGACAGGUUCUUCACAACGAGGAGGAGGAAUGUAUAUGUGAGAAGGGAAAGUGGAUCUGUGAGAGUAUUCCCGGUCCUGGCCUGUGCGCAGUAGAGGAAGGAUCUCACUUUACCACCUACGACGGGAAAGAAUUCACUUUCCAUGGAGAGUGCAGCUAUGUGCUCUCAAAAGACUGUGAAGAGACAAAGUUCAUCAUAUUGCUUCAGAUAUAUCCUUGUGGUACUCUUAUUGGCACCUGUUUGAAAUCUAUAGAAGUGCUAUUUCACAAUGACAAGAACAAUCGUCUGGUGAUUAACUAUGACGGCACAGUACAACACAAUGCAAAGGUUUUACUUCCUUACAUGGCAGCUGACUUCACAGUGUUCAAGCCAUCAUCGUUUCACAUCAUGCUUCAGACCUCCUUUGGGCUGCAGGUGCAGGUACAGCUGGUGCCUCUUAUGCAGGUGUACAUCACUGUGGACGGAAGCUUCCAGGGCAAGACUUGUGGUCUCUGUGGAAAUUUUAACACAGUGCUGUCUGAUGACCUGAAGACUCCUCAGGGCCUGGUGGAGGGUACAGCGGCUUCCUUUGCAAAUGCCUGGAAGGCCCAGUCCAACUGCCCUGACCAUGACGAGAGGGUGGAAGACCCCUGUUCCUACAGCAGCGAGAUCGAGCACUUUGCAGAGCACUGGUGUUCCAUGAUGAAGGACAAGGAGAGUCUCUUUGCCAAAUGUCACGCCAGUGUUAAUCCAGACAACUACUACAAAAGAUGCAAGUACUCUAGUUGUACCUGUAAGAGGAGUGAGGACUGUCUGUGUGCGGUGUUCUCCUCAUACGCCCGGGCCUGUGCAUCUAAAGGAAUAUUUCUUCAAGGCUGGAGAGGAAUUGUGUGCGAGAAGUAUACAGAGAACUGCCCGGCCUCACAGAACUACUCCUAUCAGCUGCAGAGCUGCCAACGUACCUGUCUUUCUCUCGCCUCCGAGCGCCAAAGCUGCAGCGUUGACUUUGUGCCCGUUGAUGGAUGCGCAUGUCCAGAUGGAUUCUACCAGGAUAAGAAAGGACUGUGUGUUCCUAUUGAAAAAUGUCCAUGUGACUACAAAGGAGAGACAGUCCAACCUGGCUCGUCUAUCAACAUUAAUAAUGAACACUGUAUUUGCCUGAAUGGAACAUUGCACUGUCAGUCUUGGAAAACCCAAAUUCUGGAGUGUCCUACUCCAAAGGUUUUCUUCAACUGCAGUACAGCAGGCCCAGAUGAACAUGGAUUGGAGUGUGCACAGACUUGUAUGCAAAAGGAAGUUGAUUGUUUCUCACAGGACUGUAAAUCUGGAUGCCAGUGUCCUACAGGUCUACUGGAUGAUGGCGAAGGAAACUGUGUUACACCUCAUGAAUGUCCGUGUCCUCACGAUGGAGAGCUUCAUAAACCAGGGAAAAACAUAACUGUAGAUUGCAAUACGUGCACUUGUCAAGGGGGUACAUGGAACUGUACAGAAAAUAAGUGUCCAGGCGUCUGCACAAUAUACGGAAGUGGACAUUAUAAAACUUUUGACCAGCAAAGAUUUGGCUUCCGGGGAGACUGCAGUUAUAUAGCUGCUCAGGACAAAUGUGGAAAUACGACAGGAAAUUUCCAUGUAAUCACUGAAAAUAUUCCUUGUGGAACAACAGGGACAACAUGCUCAAAGGCUGUUGUCAUCAUUUUGGGGAAAACUGUGCUAGAGCUUUCUGAUAGGACCUUAAAAGUCUCUAAUACUACUAGUGGACCACAGAUCAACUUUAUAGAGAGAACAAUUGGGAUGUACCUUGUUAUUGAUACUGACAUUGGACUGGUGGUUUUGUGGGACCGCAAAACCACCGUCCGCAUCAUUCUGCACCCUCAGCACAUGGGAAAUGUAUGUGGCCUAUGUGGAAAUUUCAAUGGGAAUGGGAAAGAUGACUUCACCACUCAAGGCAGUUUGCAAACCACAGAUCUAAUGGAGUUUGUCGAUAGCUGGAAAGUAUCAAGCAGAUGCCCUGAUUCUGCACCAGACUUUGAUCCAUGCUUUGAGAACCCCCAUCGUGUGGCUUGGGCAAGAAAAGAAUGUAUCAUCAUAAUGGAAGAUAAGUUCAGAAAUUGCUCUAAAAAGGUGGAUCCAGAGCCAUAUUAUGAGAACUGUGUGAAGGAUUCAUGUGCAUGUGACACAGGUGGAGAUUGUGAGUGCCUCUGUACAGCUGUGGCAGCUUACGCUCAAGCCUGCAAUGAUGCGGGUGUUUAUGUUGAUUGGAGAACAUUUGAGUUCUGCCCUGUGUACUGUGACUACUACAAUGAACCAGGAGAAUGCACAUGGCACUACAGUCCAUUUACACCUUGGUACGAAACCUGUUCCAACCAGGUUAUCAAAAACAACACUUUACCCAACGUGGAAGGAUGUUUUCCAAAAUGUCCAAAGGACAAUCCUAUUUUUGAUGAGGAAAAACAGAUAUGUGUGAAGCAGUGUGGUCCUCCUCCUCCUCCUCCUCCUCCUCCUCGUCCACAUACAACUAGUACAACUCCUGGCACACCACCUACUUCAACAUUGACAACCACCUCCACUACUCCAAUUACACCUCCGCCAACUGUUUCAACAGAAGUGCCAUCUACAACUAGUACAACUCCUGGCACACCACCUACUUCAACAUCGACAACCACCUCCACUACUCCAAUUACACCUCCGCCAACUGUUUCAACAGAAGUGCCAUCUACAACUAGUACAACUCCUGGCACACCAACUAAUGAGAUCUUCCACAUAUGUGACUGCAUUAUGGGAAAGUGCAUAAAGGGAGACAUCAUGGAGAUUGUCCAACAUGAAUGUCCUCCUCCGAAGAGCAUCACUUGUAAAAAUAACCAGCCAGCAGUGCUGGUCUAUGAUGAGCUCCACUGCUGCCGGCAAUACACCUGUGAUUGCUUUUGUCAGGGUUGGGGUGGCUCACAUUACAUCACAUUUGAUGGACUCUCCUACACUUACCAAGGAAACUGCACUUACAUAUUAAUGGAGGAAAUUAGCCCUAAACACAAUUUGACGAUCUUCAUUGACAAUGUAUACUGUGAUAUCCAUGAGCCUGUAUCCUGUCCCAGAUCCAUUAUUGUUUCUUACAACAAUCAAGUCAUAACACUUAGGAAUCACAGGUUCAUGAAUGGUGCAGCUCUACAGGCACUGAAGGACAAUGUUAAUCUAACACUGCCAUAUACUAAUAAUGAUUUGAGGGUUAUCAACUCAAGCCUGAACUUGAUCUUGGAGAUUUCAAAGCUACAAGUCGUUGUAACAUUUGGAAACACCGACUUUAGCAUCAACCUGCCAUUCCAGCAUUUUGGAAAGAACACACAAGGACACUGUGGAACAUGCAACAACAACCAGACUGAUGACUGCAUGCUGCCUGGAGGGAUCUUGGUCAAUGACUGUGCAGUGAUGGCCGAUCACUGGACAGCCAGUGGUGUAGAUGGCAAAAUCUGCACUAAACCAAGUCCAACACCUCCAGUCUGGAAUAUAUCCACACCCAUGACAAUAACACCAUACCAUAAUGACUGCAACCAUCUCAAGAGCAAGGUGUUUGAAGCAUGCCAUUCCCAUGUGUCUGCUGAAAGUUUCUUUUCAGCCUGUCAGUAUGAUAGUUUUCAUGUAAGCGACCCCUCAGUGGUGUGUGCCAGUCUGCAGAGGUACGCAAGGGCUUGCUCUCAGGUUGGGGUUUGCAUUUACUGGAGAAACUACACUAGCCUUUGUAACAUUACAUGUCCAGAAGAUAAAGUAUUCUUGCCUUGUGGUCCAGCCGAACCACAAACUUGUAGAGGCGGACCUACGCAGAGCUCAAUUUCAGUGCCCACAGAAGGCUGCUUCUGCCCUGAGAACACAACACUCUUCAGCAUGGAGUCAGGAUUAUGUGUGUCAAAAUGUGGAUGUGUGGACUCCUCUGGGACUCCACGUGAGUUUGAUGAGCAUUUUAAGUACAACUGUGAGGACUGUGUCUGUGAUAAGGCCAGCCAAUCAGUGAUCUGUAAACCCAAGAAGUGUCCUGAUGUGACUCUUGAGAACUGCACUGAGCCCGGCUUCAUGCUGUUCAAUGUGACCGAUCCCGCUGACCCAUGUUGCAGCAAACAAGUUUGCAGAGAGAUGGAUUGUUCUGUCAGCAUGUGCAAAGAUGGAUCAUGUACAAAAGGGUCCUGUAUUUAUGUUGCACCAGACAACACCACACAUAAUCUCAAGGAUGGAGAGGAGUACAAGAACAUAUGUGAAACUGUUACCUGCCAUCAAAUUAAUGGCUUGUUUGUGACUAAGAAAACCAACACAAAAUGUCCUUAUUCAAGUUCACACGAAUGUGAGCCUGGGUUUGCAUAUGUGAAAAAAGAAGGAGAGUGCUGUGGAACAUGUACACAAGUGGCCUGUAUUUAUGAUGCACCAAACAACACCAGACAAACUCUCAAGGAUGGAGAAGCUCACAGUUACAAAUGCGAAGAUGUUACCUGUCGUGAAUUGAAUGGGUUUUUUGUGACUGAGAAGACCAAAACAGAAUGUCCUUACUUGAGCUCACAUAACUGUGGGCCUUACAACUGCGAAGAGUGUAUCUGUGAUAAGGCCAGCAAAUCGGUGAUCUGUAAGCCCAAGAAGUGUCCUGAUGUGAAUCCUGAGAGCUGCACUGAGCCUGGCUUUGUGCUGGUCAAUGUCACCAAUCCUUCAGACCCAUGCUGCAGCAAACAAGUUUGCAAUUGUAAUGUCAUCAUGUGCCCACCUUUGGAUAAAAAGUGUGCAGUCGGAUAUGCGCCAGUCCUGGAAGUGCCUAACGGAAAAUGCAGUCCAGAAAUCAAAUGUGAGCCAAAGAAAGUGUGUGUCCACAAAAACACAGAGUAUGAGCCUGGUACCAACAUCCCCAUCGUUGACUGUCAGGAAUGUAGCUGUACAUGGGACGUGGAUCCUAAAACGCAGUGGUUCAAGAUCAAAUGUGGAUUUGUGCAGUGCAAUGAGAAAUGUGAUCCUGGUUAUGAAUAUGUUGAAACAAGCUUUGACGACUGCUGUGGAAAGUGUGUUCAAACUCACUGCAUCGUCAACAUCAAUGGCUUCACUCAAUACUGCCGGUAAGGUCAAAUGUCAAAAGCUCAUUCACCUUGAGGUGUGGCUGAAAAGGACAAAAGGCCUAAAUAAAUAUUCAAGUUAAAUGGAAAUUAAAGGAAUAGUUAAUAGAAUUUAAAAUUAUUAUAAAUGUAAAAAAAAAAAAAAGUAACCUAUCUUCAUGUCAAAACCUUUUCUUUUUUUUCUCCGUUGGAUACAAAAUGAAACUGUUCAUGCUGCU